AGGUUCGACGGUGCCGAGUUUACAACGAAGUUUCAGCGUCUUCAUUUAAAUUAUAACAAUGUAUCCCGUUCCAAGCAUGCGUAAAUUUGUCUGUGAUCGACUAACAGCGGCUGCUCAAGAAAUACUGGGAGCUUUUGAAAAGCGAGUAGAAGAGUACGAGUCAGAAAUCGCUCGUCAACGCAGGCUGCUGGAUACUAUGUUCACACCUGAGAUAAAGUUACAAGAUAAAGAUCUCACAAAGACUUCUCUCAGUCAGCAGAGUAACACUGAGAGUAACUCUGCUUUGGAUCAGCCUGAUAUUACACGGAUUAAAGAUGAACGUGAGGAAAUGUGCAUCAGUCAGGAACGACAGCAGCAGGAGACUGCUGCUUCUAAGGUGACCCCAGCUUGUGAUCAAAAUGCCUGCAGUGAUCAGUCUCGGCCUUCAGGCCCUGACCAAACUAACAGCCCAGCAAAUAACGAUCCCAGAUCCAGCAACUCAAACGAAGACGAAUGUGACAGAGAGCCUUCUGCAGCACCUGCACCAGAUGGUGACGACCAGUUCUUCUGUCACUACUCCGAUGAAGGGGAGAGUCAAGAUGAUAUAACUUGUAACUAUGGAAGUGAAACACCAACAAGAUAUGAUGACACACACACAUCAUCAGCUAGUGCAGAAGGGCAGAUGUUAGAUAAGGAAAAUAAUGAUGGGGACACCACAGUAAACAGUGGUGCAGAGGACACACAGAUUGGACAAUGCAGCCAUGAGACCAUGAAAAUAAGUACAACUACUGAGUCACCAGCAGACAUAAGAUGCGGCGUUGAAAACACAUCAUCCACCAGUAAUUCUGAGCUAAUGCCAACUGAUGCAAGUAAUAGUGAGACCACAUCUGCUGCAAGUGCUGAGCCAGCACAGAACAAGAAACAUGCAGAUGGGAAUAAAACAUCAACCACAACUGCUGGGCUAACACCUAACACGAAACAAAGGGGUGAGUGCACAGCAGCUACAAAAAGUACUGAACCAACAUUAAAAAAGACCCCAACAGAAACUAGAUGCAUCGACGUAACGCAACAUAAGAAGCAUGAUCAGAAGAGCCUGCCAUUAAAAGGAAAUGUUGAGCCAACACCAAAUAAGAAAAGUCAAGUUGGGAGACCAGUCACAACCGUUGGUGUCCAGCCCAGACUAGAUGAAAAAGGCAACGAUAAAACAUCAGCUGCAAGUGUUGAACUUGCAUCUAAAAAGAAAUGUAGUGAUGAGAAGACAAAACCAAGUGGAAGUACUGAUUUAGCUGCAAGUAGGAAACCCAGAGAUGGAAAAAUGUCAUCAAAUACAACUCCUCAAUCAAUACCAAAUGAGCAACACAAUGACUGGGACACAAACGAAGAUACUGAGCCAACAGCAGACAUUACAUGUUAUGAUGACACAUCAGUUGAAAGUCCCGAGCCAAUGCAAAAUAAGACAAGUGACCCAGAGAAGGGAGCAUUAAAUACAAGUACAGACCAGGCAGAAAAUAGGAAACCCACUGAGGGCAACGCAUCCUCAACUUCAAGUUCUAACCAAGCACAAAAGAAACACAGUGAAGGGAAGGUAGCUUCUCCUUCAAACACUGAACCAGCACAAAAUAAAAAUUCCAAGAGUGAUAAAAUGCCAUCAACUCGGAGUACUGAAGCAACACCAAAUAAGAUGCCUGCUGAUGGGAGAUUAGCAUCCACAAGUGCUAAGCAUACACAUACACACCAGAGCGUGUCGUCAACACGAACUAAGGAUUUAACAAAACAUAGGAAACAUAAACACGGAGACACAAUGUCUUCAAGUAGUAAGGAAGCAACGAGGCUUAAAAGACAAAAUGAUGGGAGGGCAACAUCAGAAGGAAGCACUGACCCAACACAAAAGAAGAGACACAAGGAUGAGAAUGGUGCACACACUCAUACUACAGAGGCAAAACAAAGUGAGAAACAUAACAAAAGGAGCACGGCAUCAAGUAAAAGUACUGAUCCAACGCAAAAGAGGAGACAUAGUGAAAAACGUGUUAAAGCAUCAAAUCAGAGUGAUGGUGGCAGAGCCGAGGAUGAGGAGAAUCCUUAUAAGUGCGACAGGUGCGGCAAGGUGAUGACUAAUUUCAAAAACUACAAAUUUCACAUGAAGUCGCACACCGUUGAAAAGACUUUCAAAUGCGACACUUGCGGCAAGAUGUUCCGGGAAAGUUGGGAUUUGAACAAACAUUUAGUAAUUCACGCUGCCGAGAAGCCCUUCAAGUGCGACAUUUGCGGGAAUGGAUUCAACCGACGUUAUAAUCUCGACCUGCACGUUAGGGUUCAUACUGGGGAAAAGCCCUACAAAUGCAGCCACUGCGGGAAAAGCUUCAGCUCCUGCGUGAACAUGAAGAAGCACAUAAGGAUCCAUACCGGCGAGAAGCCUUACACGUGCAGUGAAUGCGGCAAAGAGUUUGCCGAUUCUUCUGCUUACAAAAAUCAUUUGCGAGUGCACACGGGGGAAAGGCCCUUCAAGUGUACCUACUGCAAGAAGAAAUUUGCUACCAACACGACUUUAAAAAGGCACACCAGAACACAUACGGGUGAAAAACCAUAUAAAUGCACCGUAUGCGAUAAAGUGUUUGGUCACAAGACCGACCUGAAAGGACACAUGAGGAUGCACACCGGCGAGAAGCCUUACAAAUGCACUAGUUGUGGGGAACAGUUCUCCACCUGGUUAAAACUCCACAAACAUAAACGUGUGCAUGCAAAUGAUUCAGAAAAACCCACUGAUUAACGGAUCUGCAUUUGAUACAUCGUAGCAAAUGAAUCACAAGUAACAUCAUUUGAGUCAAUUCAUCGGACUUCACAUAGAUGCAAAUUU